CACACUACUAGUUAGAGUGGUUACUAAGAGAGCAUGACUAACUAGUUGUGGGUGAAAUUAUGGGAUGCAUCGUCAUGGCAACAGACCAGACGUCACAAUCUGGGCAUGUGUGUUCCAUUUUUGUCUUUCUUAUUUUUCAGACUGGAAGACCUGGAUAGAGAUCAGUGGAAAUUAAUAUGAAUGUUUUUUUUUUUUAAUUUAAUUUUUUCUACUCGUGGAGAAAAAUCCCCAGAUUUACUGCAAAAAAAAUAAAUAAAAUGUAAAUUUUUUUUUUUUAUUUUUUUUAAACUGAGCGAGGAAUAUAGCCUACAUUUGUUUUUGGGUGAAGAAAGAGACUGGGCUGCGGCGUCUGGAGGGUUAACUUUCAGUAUUCUCAGCCUAAAAGGGGUUUGGGGGCUAUGAGAUAAAGAUGCCGGGGUCGCUGAGUAAUGAAGACGAGGGACAAGACGACAUGGAUUUUGAAGACGAUAUGCCAGAUGAGGAUGACGAUGGGGAGCGCAACGCUGUUCCCCUCACACCCCUUGACAGCUUCUUCACUGACAACGACUCCCUCAAACAACAAAAGAAGAAGAAGCCCAAAAAGAUGAAAGAGGGGAAAAUGCCCAAAGUUAAGAAGAGGAAAAAGGAGGGAGAAAUCCAGCCACGAGUUGACAGCGACCUGGAGGAGACCUCAGAGGUGGAGGAGGAACGCGAACGUCCAGAAAUAGGCUCUGAGAGUGAGAGUAGCACGUACGGCCCAACCAAAAAGAAGAAGAAGAAACCGAGGGAGAAGAAAGAGAAGAAGCCCAGGAAGAAGAAGAGAGAUGAGGAAGAUGACGACGAUGACAAUGAUGAUGGAAACCUGAAGGAACCCAAAUCAUCCAGCCAAUUGAUGCAAGAGUGGGGUCUGGAAGAUGUUCAGUAUGGCUUCACCGAGGAUGACUAUAAAACCAUCACUAACUACAAGGCUUUCAGCCAGUUCCUCAGGCCUCUCAUUGCCAAGAAGAACCCGAAGAUUCCCAUGUCAAAGAUGAUGACAGUGUUAGGGGCCAAGUGGCGAGAGUUCAGUGCCAACAACCCCUUCAAAGGCGCAUCUGCCACCGCUGUGGCUGCUGCUGUGGCUGCCGCCGUGGAAACGGUUACCGUGGCACAGCCAACGUCUGUCAGCAGUGGCCAUCCGAGCCCUCAGCUGGGGCCAAUCAAAAAAGCCAAAACCAAAGAGGGAAAGGGACCAGGAGUCAGAAAGAGAAGCAAGUCUGUGAAGGAGGUCAAGAAGAAACCCAAGCCCAAGAAGACCAAAUCAAAGUCGGGCCAAAGUGGGAAGAAGAAGAAAGCAUCCUCGAGUGAGGAGGACUUCCUGGAGGAGUCAGACUUUGAUGACAUCAGCAUCCACAGUGCCUCUGUGCUUUCUGAUACCUCGGGGGCCGCCACCAAGAAAAAGGCUCGACGUGGGCGGAAAAAAAGGAAAAAGGAAGAUGGGGAUGGUUAUGAGACAGACCACCAGGACUACUGUGAGGUUUGCCAGCAGGGAGGAGAGAUCAUCCUGUGUGACACCUGUCCCAGAGCGUACCACCUGGUCUGUCUGGACCCGGAGCUGGAGAAGGCUCCCGAGGGAAAAUGGAGCUGUCCACACUGUGAGAAAGAGGGUAUCCAGUGGGAGGCCAAAGACGAUGAGGAGGAGGAGGAGGAGCCAGCAGGUGAAGAAGAGGAUGACCACAUGGAGUUUUGCAGAGUGUGUAAAGAUGGAGGAGAGCUGCUGUGCUGUGACACCUGCCCAUCUUCCUACCACAUCCACUGCCUGAACCCCCCUCUCCCCGAGAUCCCCAACGGGGAGUGGUUGUGUCCACGCUGCAUGUGCCCUCCCCUCAAAGGUAAGGUCCAAAAGAUUCUGCACUGGACAUGGGGGGAACCCCCAUUGCCAGCUGAACUGCCUGCAGGCCCUGACGGCAAGCCAGCUGAUCCGCUGACCAAGCCUCCACUCAAGGGCCACUCAGAGAGGGAGUUCUUCGUAAAAUGGGCUGGCCUCUCGUACUGGCACUGCUCCUGGGUCAGCGAGCUGCAGUUGGAGCUGUACCACACGGUCAUGUAUCGGAACUACCAACGUAAGAACGACAUGGACGAACCUCCACCAUACGACUACGGCUCCGGAGAGGAGGAGCUCAACAGCGAGAAGAGGAAGAGCAAAGAUCCCCAGUAUGCUGGGAUGGAUGAGCGCUUCUACCGCUAUGGCAUUAAACCAGAGUGGAUGGUCAUCCACCGGAUAGUUAACCACAGUUAUGAUACGGAUGGGGAUGUGCAUUACCUGAUGAAGUGGAGAGACCUGCCCUACGACCAGUGCACCUGGGAAGUGGAUGAUUUUGACAUCCCAGAAUAUGACGGCCAUAAAGCUUCUUACUGGGACCACAGGGAGCAAAUACUAGGGGAGGACCAACGCCCCCUGGUGGUGAGGAAAGGAAAGAAACUCAAAGAGGACCAUCCAAAGAGAGAGGUCCCUCCUGAUGCUCCCAUCAUAGAUCCAACCAUCAAGUUUGAGCACCAGCCGUGGUACAUUAACGCCACUGGGGGAACACUGCACCCGUACCAGCUGGAAGGCCUGAACUGGUUGAGGUUCUCCUGGGCACAGGGUACAGACACCAUCCUGGCUGAUGAGAUGGGCCUGGGAAAGACGGUGCAGACCAUAGUGUUUCUCUACUCACUCUAUAAGGAGGGUCACUCUAAGGGGCCCUUCUUGGUGAGUGCGCCCCUCUCCACUAUCAUCAAUUGGGAGAGGGAAUUUGAGAUGUGGGCUCCAGAUUUCUACGUGCUGACUUACACUGGAGACAAAGACAGCCGGGCAGUCAUCAGGGAGAACGAGUUCACCUUUGAAGACAGUGCAGUGAAAACAGGACGCAAGGUGUUUCGCAUGAAGAAAGACACUCCUAUCAAGUUCCAUGUGCUGCUGACAUCCUAUGAGCUGAUCACCAUAGAUCAAGCCAUUCUGGGCUCCAUCACAUGGGCCUGCCUGGUGGUAGACGAGGCCCACAGACUGAAGAACAACCAAUCAAAGUUUUUCAGAAUUCUCAACGGGUAUAAGAUCUACUACAAGCUGUUGCUCACUGGGACUCCUCUUCAGAACAACUUGGAAGAGCUGUUCCACCUGCUUAACUUCCUCACCCCAGAGCGCUUCAAUAACCUGGAAGGAUUCCUGGAAGAGUUUGCUGAUAUUUCUAAAGAGGACCAGAUCAAAAAGCUCCACGACUUGCUCGGCCCUCACAUGCUCAGGAGGCUGAAAGCUGAUGUCUUCAAGAACAUGCCUGCAAAGACAGAGCUGAUUGUCAGAGUGGAGCUCAGCCCCAUGCAGAAGAAAUAUUACAAGUUUAUUUUGACGCGGAAUUUUGAGGCUUUGAACUCCAAAGGUGGAGGGAACCAAGUGUCCCUGCUCAACAUUAUGAUGGACCUGAAGAAGUGCUGCAACCAUCCCUACCUGUUCCCAGUGGCUGCUGUGGAAGCUCCUGUAUUACCCAACGGCUCGUAUGAUGGUAACCUACUGGUGAAAUCCUCAGGAAAACUGACGCUGCUUCAGAAAAUGCUGAAGAAACUCAAAGAUGAAGGACACAGAGUUCUCAUUUUCUCUCAGAUGACAAAGAUGUUGGAUCUGCUUGAAGAUUUUUUGGAGUUCGAGGGUUAUAAAUAUGAACGUAUCGAUGGAGGAAUUACUGGAGGCCUAAGGCAGGAGGCCAUUGACCGCUUCAAUGCGCCGGGCGCUCAGCAGUUUUGCUUCUUGCUUUCAACACGAGCUGGAGGUCUUGGCAUCAACCUUGCGAGUGCAGACACUGUCAUCAUCUACGACUCUGACUGGAAUCCUCACAAUGACAUCCAAGCUUUUAGCAGAGCCCAUCGUAUAGGCCAAAAUAGGAAGGUGAUGAUCUAUCGUUUUGUGACGCGAGGCUCAGUGGAGGAGCGAAUCACUCAGGUGGCAAAGAGGAAGAUGAUGCUGACCCACCUGGUGGUGCGGCCCGGGCUGGGCUCCAAAACUGGCUCCAUGUCUAAACAAGAACUGGACGAUAUCCUCAAGUUUGGCACUGAGGAGCUUUUCAAAGAUGAAAUGGAAGCAGCACGAGCCAUGGGUGACAACAAAGAGGGCGAGGAGGGCAAUGUGAUUCACUAUGAUGACGACGCUAUCUCGAAGCUGUUGGACCGCAGCCAGGACGCUACCGAAGACACAGAGAUUCAGAACAUGAACGAGUACCUGAGCUCCUUCAAGGUGGCUCAGUAUGUGGUGAAAGAAGAGGAUGGAGAGGAGGAGGUGGAGAGGGAGAUCAUCAAGCAGGAGGAGAACGUGGAUCCAGACUACUGGGAGAAGCUCCUUCGCCACCACUACGAGCAGCAGCAGGAGGAUCUGGCCCGCAACCUCGGCAAAGGCAAACGCAUCCGAAAGCAGGUCAACUACAACGAUACGACCCAGGAGGACCAAGAGUGGCAGGAUGAUCUUUCAGACAAUCAGUCGGAGUACUCUGUGGGGUCCGAGGAUGAGGACGAAGAUUUCGAGGAGAGGCCUGAAGGUGGACGCAGACAGUCUCGUCGGCAGAUGAAGAAUGAGAAAGACAAACCUCUGCCACCCUUACUGGCACGAGUUGGGGGCAGUAUUGAGGUUCUGGGGUUCAACGCUCGCCAGAGGAAAGCCUUCCUCAACGCCAUCAUGCGCUGGGGCAUGCCUCCUCAGGAUGCUUUCAACUCCCAUUGGCUAGUUCGAGACCUGAGAGGGAAGAGUGAGCGUGAGUUCAGGGCCUAUGUGUCUCUGUUCAUGAGACAUCUAUGUGAGCCAGGGGCAGACGGAGCAGAGACCUUUGCUGACGGUGUCCCACGUGAGGGACUGUCUCGUCAGCAUGUUCUCACCAGGAUCGGAGUCAUGUCCCUCGUCAGGAAAAAGGUGCAAGAGUUUGAGCACGUAAAUGGAAAGCUGAGUUCUCCGGAUCUGAUUCCCAUCGGCAUGGAGCUGAAAAAACUGACUGAGAGUUUAUCUUCUGAUCCCAACACCCCUGUGCCAGCCAGCCCUGUUGCUACACAGCCUGGCACUCCCGUCCCCCCAGAGAAGAGUGAGUCUCUCUUGGGUACCGCUGAAGACAAGGAGACCACAGAGCAAGAUAGCAAGAAACUGUCAGAGCAAGAAUCUUCCAGUGCAGAGCUAGCAUCUGUACCUGAGAAGGCAGCUGACAGCGAGGAGAGCAAGGCCAGCUCAGAGGAGAAAACAGGAGAUGAGAGGGACAGAACCGAGUCACCCUCUGCAAAAACAGAGCCAUCUGCCAACCCAAAAGAGUCUGCUUUGAAGCUGUCAGAGCUAUCAUCCAGUCAAACCUCACCUAAACUGGAGCCCUGCAAAGAUACAGAGAAGUCCUCAGAAAAAGGAGAUACGGAUUCUCCUCUGGCAAAAACUGAAGACAAGGAAAAUAAGCCAGCCGUUGCAGAUGAUAUGAAGAGUGAAGAUGCAUCGGAGGGUCGAUUGAAUGGAGACAAAGACACUUUGGAUGACAUGGAUGAGAGCAGGAAAGAGGACAAAAAUGGAUACAAAGUCAAGUUCAUGUUUAAUAUCGCUGAUGGAGGUUUCACAGAGUUGCACACCCUCUGGCAAACUGAAGAGCGGGCGGCGCUGUCUUCUGGAAAGAUGCAUGACAUCUGGCACCGUCGCCAUGACUACUGGCUUCUAGCUGGCAUCGUUACUCACGGCUAUGCUCGUUGGCAGGACAUUCAGAAUGACCCACGUUACGCUAUUCUGAACGAGCCCUUCAAGACUGAGAUGCAUAAGGGCAACUACCUAGAGAUGAAGAACAAGUUCCUGGCUCGCCGCUUUAAGUUGUUGGAGCAGGCUCUGGUGAUUGAGGAGCAGUUGAGGCGGGCAGCCUACCUGAAUAUGACCCAGGACCCCAGUCACCCGGCCAUGGCUCUCAACACUCGCUUCACUGAGGUGGAAUGUCUGGCAGAGUCCCACCAGCACCUGUCCAAAGAGUCCCUGGCCGGGAACAAGCCUGCCAAUGCCGUGCUGCACAAAGUGCUGAACCAGCUGGAAGAACUUCUGAGUGACAUGAAAGCUGAUGUGACGCGGCUGCCCAACAUGCUGUCCAGGAUACCGCCGGUGUCGGCCCGUCUGCAGAUGUCUGAGAGGAGCAUCCUGAGCCGCCUCACCAGCCGAGGGAGCGAGCCUCCACCACAGCAGCCUUUUAGCCAGGGUGGGUUUGGCUGCUCCCAGAUGUACAGCAGCAGCUUUGGUGGAGGAUUCAGAGGACCGGGUGGACAGCCCAUGGUCAACUACAGUCAGAUGCCUCUGGGACCCUACAUCAGCGUGUCCUCAAAUGGCCCUCCACCCCCUACAAGCCAUCUGGACAAGAAGUCACUUGACUCCUUGAGAGACGUGGCUACGCCUGACCUCAAGUCAGGCAAACCUAGUGAUGUCAUCUGUAUUGAGGACUAGGCCGGCUCUGUAAAAAACUGACCUGAGGUCAGAAACUCCCAGGGAUGGAAUCUGUAUGGAUGACAGCUGCCCAUCUCUUCCGCCACAUCCUCCUCUUUCUCCUGCUCCUUCCUGACUUAAAAAUCUACAAAGUCAAGCUCUCUGAGGCGAUUCACUUUUUUUGAUUAAUGCAGAUGUAUCUAUCUUAACAAUUGCACUUUCAUCUUUCAAGGAUCUUAUAGACGUAUUUCAGUAGAUAUUUGCUUUUGUUAACCUGUGCUGGAGGGCUGAGGAAAAUGAAGCAGCUUUUCUGAAAGGAGUUUUAUUUUCAGCACUAUAGGGCAAAACUCAAGCAAGUUGGCAUGACAGCCUCGACUUCUUUCAUUCUGCAUUUUACCCAUCUGCCUAUUCACUCUGUACACUGUGACUGUGCCCCACUGGAACUUAUUCCCUGUGAAGAGGAGUUAAAGACGCCUUCAGUCAUAGUUUGAUAGGAGAUUGUUUUUUUCCGAGGGGCCACUAUUGUUACUUUAAAAUGAAUAUGUGUUUUGUCAUUCAUGUAGUAACCAGUGGAUAAAGUAUUGAUUUGAAAGCAUAAAAAAAAAAACUAUUAUCAUGUAUGCAGUAGCUGGACACAGUCUGUCUGAAUCCUCUAAAGACUGCCACCCACUGGUAAUUUGGAGAAAGUCAUCUCCGCAAAACCUGCAGAUACACAUGACUGCAGUACCAGUAACCUGUGAGGGUUGGCUUCUUGUACUGUAUAUACUCAGAGACUGCUGUUUAUUUUACCUCACAUAGGUCUAAUCAUAGUGAAUAUGUAUACACACACGGAUGAAAUCAGGAGCCUGGCUUGACAUUGUACAUGAAGAUUGAGCAGAGGAGAAAAAGCUGCAGGAGUGGCAAAAAUGAUUUUUUUUAACGCAUUUCAGAGAAGUAUUUCUGUGUAUGGUACAAUAUUUGUGAUUCUUAUUAUAUUUGAAUGUUAGUAGUGGCUGUAGAGCUUAACCCUGGGGCCUUGGCCAGUGGGACUGCACUAUAAACAGGAACUCAUCUGGUUUACAUCCACAUACAGGGCGUUAAUGUUCAGGCCUAACUGCGAACAGAGUCCUGAGUGGAGAGUGGCUUCCCCCCCCCUACGUACAUCCCAGGGACUUGCCCAGUUCCCUUUCAUUGUUAGAACUGAAUAAGAACAUAUGUGCUUAUGGCGCAGUGUCACUUUAAGUAUUUGUCGCAAAAUUAGCUUUUGUUUGCUUCUCUUUAUGUUAAGGUGAAAUAAGAUGUAUUUGGUGCCAUUAAAGAAGAUGAUGCAGUAUGAUGCAGUGUAUUUCCUCCACACAGGUGAAGACUGCAAUUGGUUGUGUCACAGUCUAAACCUACAUUUGCCGGAAUAUUCUCUGUACAUCAGCUUCUAAGGACCAAUGUUGCACAGCAUUACUCUUUAGAUAAAGUCUUCACUUCCAGUCUCCUCGGUUAUUUUUGGUCUCUUUUGAGUGUGCUACUAUUGCUUUACCUGGUGUGAAGACACGUUAGCAUGGUCUAGCUACAUAUCUUGUCCAUUCCAUCUACUACUAUGAUGUGCUAAAGUGGCUGUCCACUAAGACAAACAAUAUUUUAUAAAUUCAAACUUACAAUAAUUCCUUUUCUAUGAAGGCAUUUGCUCGAAUGUUUGGACUCAAAGUGCAAAUUGUUGUUGACAUAUUUAUCUUUUUCUUUCCUUUUCCAAAGACCAGUGGCAUUACCUGUUUGUAUUAUUAUCGCCAUUGACAGCACUUAUUUGACUUUGUUGGGAUGACGAUUGUGAUUGGACUAAUCUAAAAGAAGAAGAGGCAGUGUUGUACAGUGUUGGUGAGUGUAUUUUCUUACUCUCCUUUUGCAACUUCAAAUGGUUGUCCGGAGGUGCUCUCUUCUGACCCCUUUUCACUGACUUCAGAUUGUGUUACUGCAACCCCCUCGCCCAUCAUUUCUCACACAGCACACUUUAACUUAGUACUAAAAUUCAGUUUCAGCCCUUUAUCGGACGGAUUUUUGAAGCACCAUGAAAUGAACCUUGAAGUGCAUCAUAUCAGCGUUUGCGCUACUCUUUGUUAGUGUUUAUCAGUGCUGUUAUUGUUCAUUGUGUUUCUGUCCAUGCCAUCCAUUACUUGACCAUGACAUGUAUUAGGUUUCUUGACAGAUAGAACCUCAGAAACAUGUAAAUACUUGAAAGAUUUUGCAGAGAUAAGUCCAUCGCAUACAGAUUUAUGUAUCAAACUGGAAAACAAAAGAUGAAUGUCUGCUGGAUGCUGUUGCCAUAGAACUGCAGAGUGCGCCGUAUGUGCUCAUUAAUCAAAAUCAUGUCCUUUCCCCCCCCCUCUGGAGUGAUGACGGCGAGACAACGUCAAAAACACGAUACUCCAAUGAAAUGCAAUCAAACUGAAGUCAGUCAUGAAUGUAAUGUCUGUUAGAAAAAAAAGGCUUCAGUCUAAUACUAUAAAUAUGUUAACAAUGUAUGUACAUGCUUAUUAACAUGGCUUCAAAAGCUACCAAAAGACCCUGAUAAAAGGCACCUUUGUUGCAGUGAAUGCACAGCACGUCACGGCGGUUCACUUUGGGGAGGCGGCGAUGUAUCUAGCAUUUACAGACAACGAGCUCCAAGCAGUGUAAUGGUUCUGAUAUUUGUGCUGUAUAGCAAAUUGAAUGAAAAAAAAGUGAAUUUCUGUGUAUUUGUUCAAUGUGUUUUAAUAAAUCUUCUGGACAACA